AUGUUCAUUACCCGUUGAUUAUUCUCAACUAACCAUAAAGAUAUUGGUACAUUAUACCUUAUCUUUGGUGCUUGAGCAGGAAUAACAGGCACCGCUCUAAGUCUAUUAAUUCGCGCAGAACUUGGUCAACCAGGAACUCUUAUUGGCGAUGAUCAAAUCUACAAUGUAAUUGUAACUGCACAUGCAUUCAUCAUAAUCUUCUUCAUAGUCAUACCAAUUAUAAUUGGAGGGUUCGGUAACUGACUAGUCCCCCUAAUAAUUGGCGCACCAGAUAUAGCCUUUCCCCGAAUAAAUAAUAUAAGUUUCUGACUAUUACCACCAUCUUUCCUACUUUUACUAGCAUCAUCAGCAGUAGAAGCUGGAGCAGGAACUGGAUGAACCGUCUAUCCACCUUUAGCAGGUAAUCUAGCACAUGCAGGCGCCUCUGUAGACCUAACUAUCUUUUCAUUACAUUUAGCAGGAAUCUCAUCCAUCCUAGGAGCCAUCAACUUCAUUACUACAAUUAUCAAUAUGAAACCACCAGCCCUUUCACAAUACCAAACACCACUAUUCGUCUGAUCAGUUAUAAUUACUGCCGUUUUACUUCUUCUAUCACUUCCAGUAUUAGCAGCAGGUAUUACUAUACUUUUAACAGAUCGAAACUUAAAUACUACAUUUUUUGACCCGGCAGGAGGAGGAGACCCAAUCCUAUAUCAACACUUAUUCUGAUUUUUUGGACAUCCAGAAGUAUAUAUUCUUAUUUUACCAGGAUUUGGUAUAAUUUCACACAUCGUAACAUACUACUCUGGCAAAAAAGAACCAUUUGGCUACAUAGGAAUAGUAUGAGCUAUAAUAUCUAUUGGAUUCCUAGGAUUUAUUGUUUGAGCCCACCACAUAUUUACAGUAGGACUCGAUGUAGACACCCGAGCUUAUUUCACCUCAGCCACCAUAAUCAUUGCUAUUCCAACCGGGGUAAAAGUUUUCAGUUGACUCGCCACACUUCAUGGAGGAAACAUCAAAUGAUCACCUGCUAUACUUUGAGCCUUAGGAUUUAUUUUCCUUUUUACAAUCGGAGGUCUUACAGGAAUCGUAUUAGCCAACUCAUCCCUAGACAUCGUUCUUCACGAUACCUAUUAUGUAGUAGCCCACUUCCAUUAUGUACUAUCUAUAGGAGCCGUAUUUGCUAUCAUAGGCGGCUUUGUCCAUUGAUUCCCACUAUUCACAGGAUAUAUACUAAAUGACUUAUGAGCAAAAAUCCAUUUCUCCAUUAUAUUUGUUGGAGUAAACAUAACAUUCUUCCCUCAACAUUUUCUUGGCCUAUCCGGAAUACCACGACGAUACUCAGACUACCCAGAUGCCUAUACAAUAUGAAACGUAAUUUCAUCUAUUGGCUCGUUUAUUUCACUAACAGCCGUCAUCCUUAUAGUAUUCACCAUCUGAGAAGCCUUCGCAUCUAAACGAGAGGUAGCUUCAGUGGAACUUACAACAACUAAUCUUGAAUGACUUUAUGGUUGUCCUCCACCUUACCACACAUUUGAACAACCAGUAUUCGUUAAAUCCCAAUUAUAA